AUGGUGGACAGAGAGGACGAGAAUGAGGGCGGCAGCUCACCGGACACGGUGAUUGCGCGAGUGGAGUUCGAGGCGGCCAGGAGGCUGAGGCAUAACAGGACUUCCGGGGAGUACCACACGGCUGCCGAUUCCAGCCUGAGUUUGGAUGUCACCGGGGGGACCCCGGGGACUGAAGCGAGUGGCGGUGGCACCGCUGGAGGAACUGGGAAGCAGGAGGAGAAGAAGAAGAAGCGGUUUGGAACCUUGAAGAGCACUUUCCGAAGGGACAGCGGGUUCUUCAAAGGGAAGAAGAAGAGCAAGGAGUUGCAGGCACAAUCUUCGGCGGAGCUGGAGUUUUCGGAGGAUGUGCCCAAAGAGCCAAACAGAAGAACAGGUGCACCACUGGAGAAGAGAUACUCUCCAACGCCACCGGCCCACCCAAGUCCAUCGCCCCCAGUCACGAAGAUGAUGAAGAAGAAGUCCGGCUCGCUCGUCCGCAAACUGAGCCUCAACAAAUUUCGUCUCGGCUCGAGCGAUCAGGAGACACGCCAUACACCCGAGGGUGGUGACAGCAGUCGUUCGCAGAGUCAAUCCUCCCAGGAGUCGCCCAGUUACCCCGAGAGUCCAGUAAAAUCUGGGAAAAAAACUGGACAUGCGAGUCGGCUGGACGACGAGAGAGUGAAGGGAAGGGAGAAGAGAACAACUCCUGCAGCGACACCGACGUCAGAGAGGCGUAACCCAGGUACAACGUGGGGGCAAGAUAGGGAGGAGGGAGAGGGUGCUGGCACCGAACGACGGGGAGACGAUGGCAAACGUCGACAGAAACCAGAUAAACUCGAGAAAACAGUCAGCACUGUCACUGUUGUACAGCGCAAGUCACCCUCGGUCACCAUCAGGACGAGUUUCUCACAGGAGCGUAAACAAAGUCCAGAAGAGCGUCGUCCGGAGCCCUCGGGCAGUCAGGCCGUGUCAACUCUCCCCUACGCCCUCUCCAAAUGGUCUGACCGUUCAGUCGACAUUGGUGGAUCAUCCAAGAAACUAAAGCUAGCUGUAAAAGCCGGGUCAGAAUCCUCCCUGAGGACGCCACCGGUGACGCCCCCCGUGGAACUCCGGCGGAAGCUGUCGCUGCUCGAGGAGAAGAGGGCGAUAUUUCAACGCAAGUUCUUCGCGAGCUCCGAGGGAAUCCCAUCGCGGGAUAACUCACGGGACACUGUGGUCGGCAUUCGGGGAUCCCCCAGCCCCGAGGAGAACCCGAGCGAGGAAGAUCCUUUCCCCGAGAACUUCGGAAACAGGCGACCCUCCAAACACAUAAGUGUGCGAACCUUCGAUAUUUACUCGACCUUCGACGGCGAUUUCGACGAGGAGUCGGAGGAUUAUUUGGAGGGGAUUGAGGAUCAGGAGGAGAUUGAGCCCAGGAGCAUGGCCCUCGUCGGUGAGACGACGGCUGAUGUCCCCAGGACACUCAGCGUUGAAAGUGGGUCGACGCACAAUAGCGCACCGAGUGCAGGCGUUGGUGAGAAGAGAGAGCAUUUGUAUAAGAUACUAGUUAUUGGGGAAUUGGGAGCUGGCAAAACGUCGAUCAUUAAGAGAUACGUUCAUCAAUUUUUUUCACAACAUUACCGCGCCACCAUCGGCGUUGAUUUUGCGCUCAAAGUAUUGAAUUGGGAUCCACACACGAUUAUCAGGCUACAGCUAUGGGAUAUCGCAGGACAAGAGAGAUUCGGGAACAUGACGAGAGUUUAUUACAAAGAAGCCGUUGGUGCCUUUAUAGUCUUCGACGUGACGAGAAGUGCAACUCUUGAGGCUGUGGUCAAGUGGAAACAGGAUCUUGACUCAAAAGUGCAACUUCCCGAUGGCUCACCCAUUCCAUGUGUUCUUCUCGCUAACAAGUGUGACCAGCAGAAAGAGGGAUUAGUCAAUUCACCGGGGAAAAUGGAUGAUUAUUGCAAGGAGAAGGGGUUUGCCGGGUGGUUCGAAACAUCGGCCAAGGAGAAUAUUAAUAUCGAAGAGGCUGCUCGAUUUCUUGUGAAUAAAAUACUCCAAAACGAUCAAAUAAUGAAAGGCAAUGGUGCCCAAGACCAAGUAGACGGUGAACGUUUCGCCCUAAACCAAUCGCCAACGAGUUCAAAGAAGUCCUGCUCCUGCUGACAAAGUGUUAUUAACCCCAAUCAUCCGCCCAACUUGGAGUACAACGAGACCACGCGAAAGACUGUCAUCGCGUCAAUCACCUAGAAUUCGUGUGACAAUUACGUGUUUACAUUAAUUAUUAUCUUGUGACGUGCAAUAACGCUAGCCUGACCAAUGGCGUUUCAAUAUUUCUAGUUAAUGUCCAUUUGCCACGCAAACUUAUUUAAGGAGAAUGAUAAGAGAGAUGGAGAGAGCAAAAGACUCUCGGAGAUUACAUUCCAUGCCAUUCCAUUUGCCUAAUUAUCCCCCUUCCCUGGACCUCCACCUGUUAACUUCAACGGAAAUUCAAUUACGUUGUGGAGUUUUUUUCUUUAUGGAACCUGGUGUUUACCUUGAAUGUCGCUUUUAGCGCGGCCUCAGUGCCAUUCGUUCAUAAUAUCAUUUUUCGAAAAUUGAAUUUACUUUCAGCUCUCAUUCUGUAGGUUUUAAUGAGCUUUCAAGUGGGGAAAGACGAUGAGUUAUUAUUACAUAAAAGGACUCCUUGGUAAUUUUUAUCAAGGGACAUUUCGACUGAUAUUUUUGGGGAAAUUCGUCAGUGAAAAUUCACAAUUUAAUUUUGAAAAAUAUGUGGAAAUGAGAAACUCAAUUGAAUCACCCCUGAGCUCAGAUUUUUUUAUUUUAUUAUUUAUGUUUUCCAACUACUGAUUUCAGUAUGAAACCCACCCGUUUUGUUCCACAACUUCCCACUGGAAUUUUAAUCCGAAUAAUCACGAGAAAAUGGGAUGUGUGAAUUUUUAAUCUAGUGGAUGAAAUAAUUUUCACGACACCCUCUUUCGUACAGAAAAAUUGUGGCUAUGAAAGAGUGUACUUCAUGAAAAUUUGGCUGUCUCAAGUAGAAUUUCUCAUCGCGUUCUACCAUUCCACAACCCAAACGCUAAUUAAAUUACCCAUGAGUCUAAAACUGUUUCCAAAUUCCACCCCACGCUCAGGUUUUUCUAUUCAACGAAGAAUAAGAAAAGUAGAAGCAUCGACGUUGAAUUGUUGUUUCACGAUGAAAUUUUAUACACACAAUUGAGAGAAGAAUAUUGCGAAGAUAUAUAUGUAUACACGUGCAAAAGAAUUAUAAA